CUAGUUCUUUUAUUCGCACACACAGUUCAGACUUCAGAGAGUCAACAGACACAAACCCAAAACCCCUUUCUUACACAAAUCUUAUGGUAUCCAAAAACCCGAACCCGACUGAGAGCUUUUACUUGGAUCCGAACGGAAUGGCUUUACCCGGACUCGGACCCUUCGCCCCGACCACCGCCACUAAUGCUACAACAACCACCACAACGGCGGCGUCGACUACGAGUUCGGCGGAGGAUCUGAGUAAGAAGAUCCGAAAACCCUACACUAUGACCAAGUCCAGAGAGAGCUGGACCGAGCCAGAGCACGAUAAGUUCCUCGAAGCACUUCAACUCUUUGACCGUGACUGGAAAAAGAUUGAAGCAUUUGUUGGGUCUAAGACAGUUAUACAGAUACGGAGCCAUGCACAGAAAUACUUUCUGAAGGUUCAGAAGAGUGGGACAAGUGAACAUUUACCUCCACCUCGGCCAAAAAGGAAAGCUGCUCAUCCAUACCCUCAGAAGGCUUCAAAAAAUGCUCCAGUACUCUCACAACUGGCGGGGUCUUUUCAAACAUCAUCUGGUUUGCUUGAAUCUGGGUAUGUCUUGAGUCCUGAUUCCCCUUCAAUGCUUAGGAGUCCUAUUACUAGUGCUGGCGUGUCUCCCUGGACAAAGAACACUGUGCAGACAGUUAAUGUACAUGGGACACAAGGGCCAGCUGUGGCAAAUAACAGUUGCAGUAGCACUGAAAGCACUCCAAGAGCACAAGCCAUUGCUGAAUCAACCGAUAAAGGGAAUCAUAAUCAUCCAUUGAGAGUUCUGCCUGAUUUUUCUCAAGUAUACCGCUUCAUUGGCAGUGUCUUUGACCCAAAUGCUUCUGGUCAUCUGCAGAAUCUAAAAAAGAUGGACCCUAUAGAUGUUGAAACGGUGCUACUGUUAAUGAGAAACCUCUCCAUUAAUCUGUCCAGCCCUGAUUUUGAGGAACAUAGAAGGUUGCUUUCAUCCUACGAGAUUGAUACAGACACAACUAAUUAUGGUAAUGCAGAAAAAGCCUUGUACAAAGAUCAACCCGAGACUGUUGCUUAGCUUGGCUAAAAAAAAUGAGAUAAAGAGUUUUGUUCUUACCUUGUUGGCUGUGCUUACGUUUCAUUAGUUUUGGCACAACCAAUAUCGAAAUUGCCAGGGGAAAGGGCAACAACCAGACAAGCUCCCAAGUUCAUAACUUUCAAUAACAGUCCUACUGCACUGGUGUGUGACUAGUUAUGUCUAUAGUGAGGCCAUUGGCUACAUCGUUUAAUAAUAUUAUUUACUAUUAUCGUGUCAUGUAUAUAUAUCUUUAAAGGAGAAAAAAAAGGUAUACAUAGUGCGGGAAUGUAUAGGUAUCGAUCUUGUUUUCUGAAGGUUCUCUCUGUACAGUGUUGUUUAUUGUUCUAAUCAAAGUUUUGACUUGAUUAAUGCACCGAUACCGUGCUAUAUCUUAGUGUAUGCCAGUGUAAUCCGCUUUUUGAAUGGUAGUUAUUCUUAAUUUGCCUUGUUUAAAA